GCCCUGAGCUGUCCCCCACUGAGGCGUGGGAGCUGGUCCUCAGGAGCCCCCCACCGAAGCCGUCUCAGACUAAGCUCCACCGUGGGUGUUCUGGGCUGAGAACUUUCCCCACAAAUGAUACCCACAGGGAACAUUUAGAAUGAGAGGUUGCACAGAACUGCCCCGCAUCUGGGAGACCGAAAGACAACCCUACGGAAAGUGCCUGGCCCCAGAGCUCCGCAGGGGGGAAUCAGGAUGCCCGAGAGACCCUGCGGAGCUGCCCAGCUGCUUCCGCCGCCGACCCCUCCACCCCUCGGGGCUCCGGGGCUCCGGAGCCUCCCUCUGCGCUCCCUCCCCUCCACUGCCAUCCUGAAGUGGUGCCUGCUGCAGCCCUCCCUGGUUGCUUUAUUUAUUUAUUUUGCACCAACAGGGUUGCUGCACACUCAUUCUCGCCUGGUUUAAAAAGAGAGAGAGGAGGAAAAAAAAAAAAAAGGAGAAAUGCUUCCUGGCUCUUCUCUCUACCUCGGUCUUGGCAGCAGCCGCUGCAGCAGCAACAGCAGCAUCGGCAGGCGGGCAGGGGGACAGCGGGGAGAGAGGCGCACGGGGAGGUGCGGGGCAGAGGUGCAGCUCAAGCGGGACGGGCCCCCAGCCCUGCACAGAUGCAGUGCCCAACUUGAUGCCACCCUCCAGCUUCUCUGGAUUGAAGAAGGGAUGGCUGCAGCCACUACUCCAAAGCAAGCCUGGCCCCCGUGGCCCCCCAUCUUUUUCCUGCUCCUCCUGUCUGGGGGGAGCAGCGGCGGCUGCCCUGCUGUGUGUGACUGCACCUCCCAACCCCGGGCAGUGCUCUGUGCCCAGCGGCGGCUGGAGGUUGUACCAGGGGGACUCCCGCUGGACACCGAGCUCCUGGACCUGAGUGGGAACCGCCUAUGGGGGCUUCAGCGGGGAAUGCUCUCCCGCCUGGGCCUGCUCCGGGAACUGGACCUCAGCUACAACCAGCUGUCCACCCUCGAGCCAGGGGCCUUCCAUGGUCUGCAGGGCCUGCUCACCCUGAGGCUGCAGGGCAACCGUCUGCGAAUCAUGGGCCCCGGGGUCUUCUCAGGCCUGUCUGCCCUCACGCUGCUGGACAUCCGCCUCAACCAGAUUGUCCUCUUCCUCGAUGGAGCUUUCGGGGAGCUAGGCAGCCUCCAGCAGCUUGAGGCUGGGGACAACCACCUGGUGUUUGUGGCGCCGGGAGCCUUUGCUGGACUGGCCAAGCUGAGCACCCUCACCCUGGAGCGCUGCAACCUCAGCGCCGUGCCUGGCCCGGCCCUGGCCCGCCUCCCAGCGCUAGGGGCCCUAAGCCUCCGAGAAUUAGAUAUUGGGAGGCUGCCGGGAGGGGCGCUGCGAGGGCUGGGGCGGCUAAAGGAGCUGGAGAUCCAUCACUGGCCAUCUCUGGAGGCGCUGGAGCCUGGGAGCCUGACUGGGCUCAAUCUCAGCAGCUUGGCCAUCACCCGCUGCAACCUGAGCUCGGUGCCCUCCCAGGCGCUGCACCACCUGAGCUUCCUCAGGGUCCUGGAUCUGUCUCAGAACCCCAUCUCUGCCAUCCCGGCCCGGGGGCUCAGCCCCCUGGUGCGGCUCCAGGAGCUCCGACUGUCAGGGGCAUGCCUCACCUCCAUCGCUGCCCACGCCUUCCAUGGCUUGACUGCCUUCCACCUCCUAGACGUGGCGGAUAACGCCCUGCAGACACUGGAGGAAACGGCCUUCCCUUCUCCAGACAAACUGGUCACCCUGAGGCUGUCUGGUAACCCCCUGACCUGUGACUGCCGCCUCGUCUGGCUGCUCCGGCUCCGCCGCCGCCUGGACUUUGGCAUGUCCCCCCCUGCCUGUGCCGGCCCCCAGCACGUCCAGGGGAAGAGUCUGAGGGAGUUUUUAGACAUCCUACCUCCAGGGCACUUCACUUGCCAACCAGCCCUGAUCCGAAAGUCCGGGCCACGAUGGGUCAUUGCAGAGGAGGGGGGGCAUGCUGUUUUCUCCUGCUCUGGAGAUGGAGACCCAGCCCCCAUCGUCUCCUGGAUGAGGCCUCAGGGGGCUUGGCUGGGAAGGGCCGGGAGAGUAAGGGUCCUGGAGGAUGGGACGCUGGAGAUCCGCUCCGUGCAGCUACGGGAUAGAGGGGCCUAUGUCUGUGUGGUCAGCAAUGUAGCUGGGAAUGACUCCCUGAGGACCUGGCUGGAAGUAAUCCAAGUUGAACCACCAAAUAGCACUCUCUCUGACCCCAACAUCACCAUGCCAGGGAUCCCAGGGCCCUUCUUGCUGGAUAGCAGAGGCAUAGCUAUGGUGCUGGCAGUCGGCUUCCUCCCCUUCCUCACCUCAGUAACCCUGUGCUUUGGCCUCAUUGCCCUCUGGAGCAAAGGCAAAGGCCGGGUCAAACAUCACAUGACCUUUGACUUUGUGGCACCCCGAACCUCUGGGGAUAAGAACUCUGGGGGUAACCGGGUCACUGCCAAGCUCUUCUGACCUUUCCUUCCACACUGGGGACCCAUCCAAGAGGGGAAGAGGACCAAGGCUGCUUGGACCAGAAGCUAGUCCCAAACAGCAUAGAUCUCGCACACCUCCUGCCUGCACCAUGCCAGCAGCUAAUGCUGCCUCCUCAUAGCCUGCCUCCUUGUGCUUUUGCAGUUUGAGGAUAGCACUGUCAUCUCUUCCCUGAGGGUCCCGGGAAGCUGAAGAUGUAGACCCUGUAGUCAGCCCAGUCCUCCCCACACCACAUACAAAGCAGGAAAUAUAACCCUCCAGUCUGCUAGUCUAAGCUCCAGGCUUCCUUCACACCCACCUACACACACCUUCAUAACCAAUACCAAUCGCCAACCACAGCCACAGAUUACUUCAGAGAUGGGGCUGGGAAGUGCCACUUGCUUCUUGGAGCCUCUGCUCCUCAACCAGGUGGUCUCUCUCUCUCUUGUCUGCUCUGUCCCCUCUCUAGGUGCAAAGAACUAGGGCCAAUGACCUCAAGCUAAGGAGAAGAGGAUGUGACAGGGGAGUGUGGGACGGGGAGGAGGACAGACUACACACUGGCACUGAGUGUGCAUGAGCCCCACCACCUGCCUCUGUCUGUCACAUCAUUAAACCUGUUGCCAAAAGGCCAUGACAGUAGCAGCCACAACUAAA